UAAUCAUUAUGGACUAGAUGUUUUGUUCAGAGCAGCGAAUCAGGAGUCAGUUUUAUUGGUCAUAUGACAUUCACAAGUGUAACUAUGUAUAUAAACGGAAUCAGACGAUACUUUCAUUUAAGAACUUACCAGAAAACUGUCCGUAAAACUACUCUAGUAUUUUCACACUGUCACAGCUUUGAACAAAAAAAAGUGAAAUCUUUAUUUAGGAAUAAGGAAUAAAAAUACUUCUGUUAUGGCAAUUAUUUCCCUUUUCAUCUUGAUUACGGUAACAGUUUUGGCAGAAGUUAGCAGUGAAAUAGAAUCAAAACAACUUCUAAUUAACCAGAAAUCAACAGCUGAUACUACUGGAAUAAAAUGGAAAUUUGGAAUGCCUGAACAAUGGGAAAACACUGGAAGUGAUGUUAAUGUUGCGCCUAGUUUAAAUAGAGAUACACCCGAAACAGGUCACGAAUCUGUGGCCCUUAUCAACAAAGUUGAUAGUGUCAAGUACAAAUUUAUCUUUGAAAGGAUUAUAAAAGAUGUGAUCAAAGCUAAACAAGCACUAGCAUUACAAACAUCCAGUGAUAAAUAUAGAAUCACAACACUUCAAGAAACAAAAAAACCUUUAUCAAGUAAACGAGACGAUCAGAUAAUAUUUGAGUCAGGACUGAAUUCGAACAGAGAAGCGAAAAAUCAUGCAACGCCAUUUCCUAACAAUUCCAAUGGCAUGAAGCAAAGCUUGAAAACAACACGAGUUUAUCCGUUUCAAGUUGCGGUUAUAAUCAGUAAACCAAAAAUACCAAGGAGAAAUUCCGUUAUUUUUGUGCCUUUACUUGUUGAUAUGACAGUUUUGGACGCCUUCGUGUACGCCACGAGGAUAUAUAUGGACAAAAUGGCAGUUAAAACAGAAGAUGUACCUUUCAACGUUGUUCUGGACUGGGACAAUGAACUACAGUGCUACAUUGUGAUAAAAGCAGUUGGUUUAGAAAAUAAACGUAGACAAGCCUGGGUUUUUACAGUAAGAGAUGCCAGGCAUGUGGCGAUAUAUAAAGACCGCUGUCUCCCUGGUGACAAUGUCAUCCUGCGACCAAGAAGCAGUGUACAGCUGACAUAUCAACACAUAAAACGCUUAUUAUACUAAAUAUUUGUACAACAUGUAUAAGCAUGUUUGAUACGUUUGACAGUUUGGAGCAUAUAUACAAUAAAUGUAUAAGAAAUACUGGGCAACCUCUCCAAAGUUGGACUCUACAGAAACAUCUUUACAAUAACAGUUUUGAUUCUUUCAAAUUAAGACGUUCACAUCCUCCUGUAGAACAGUAACCUCUGUAUAACAACCGUAGCAAUUAUUCUCCUGUAGAAAUAGUAACCUCUGUAUAACAACCGUAGCAAUUAUUCUCCUGUAGAAAUAGUAACCUUUGUAUAACAACCGUAGCAAUUAUUCUCCUAUAGAACAGUAACCUCUGUAUAACAACCGUAGCAAUUAUUCUCCUGUAGAAACAGUAACCUCUGUAUAACAACCGUAGCAAUUAUUCUCCUAUAGAACAGUAACCUCUGUAUAACAACCGUAGCAAUUAUUCUCCUGUAGAAAUAGUAACCUCUGUAUAACAACCGUAGCAAUUAUUCUCCUGUAGAAACAGUAACCUCUGUAUAACAACCGUAGCAAUUAUUCUCCUGUAGAACAGUAACCUCUGUAUAACAACCGUAGCAAUUAUUCUCCUGUAGAAAUAGUAACCUCUGUUUAACAACCGUAGCAAUUAUUCUCCUGAAGAAAUAGUAACC